GGACCACAUGAACACGUGACUAUUUGACUUUAGCAACAAUAUGCACUUAAUACCUUUAUUUUCCAAUAAUUAUUUGAUAUUGAUAAACGGGCAUGUGGCGACUAUGGUAUUUGUUUUAAACUUGUGAGUGUCUUAUCUAGCUGAAUGCAGAGUGAACUAGGACUGUUUCGACAAAUAGAAAAAUGAUUUUGGCAAAGUAUCUUUUUACUCCUGGAUCUCAGCAUAGAUUCAGAGUGAUCUGGUUUAUCAGAAGAAAUUACAGCUUUCUCUCUGAUGAUGUUAAAUCUGUGCGAACGGUUGUUUCCCCAGACAUAUCCAAGAUCAGAAAUAUCGGCAUUAUGGCUCAUAUUGAUGCCGGUAAAACUACCACAACAGAGAGAAUGCUUUUUUACUCUGGAUAUAUAAGGGCAUUAGGAGAUGUAGAUGAUGGGGACACAGUUACAGAUUUCAUGGCCCAGGAACGUGAGCGGGGCAUAACUAUACAGUCCGCAGCUGUCACAUUUGACUGGAAAAAUCAUAGAAUAAAUCUCAUAGAUACACCAGGACAUGUUGACUUCACUCUGGAAGUAGAAAGGUCUCUUCGUGUCCUGGAUGGGGCGGUUGCAGUGUUUGACGCCUCUGCUGGUGUGGAGGCCCAGACACUAACUGUGUGGAGACAAGCAGAGAAACAUCAUGUUCCCUGUAUAGGUUUUCUAAAUAAGAUGGAUAAACCUAUGGCAAACUUAGAUCUUUGCAUUGAAAGUAUUAGAGAAAAGAUGCAAACCACACCAAUCCUUAUACAGAUCCCAGUUGGUUGUGGGAAGAACUUUUCAGGCAUUGUUGAUUUAUUAACUAAACAGAAACUAAUAUGGGCCACAAAAUCAAAUGAAGAUGACGGACGUUGUUACAAAGUUCAGUCUUUAGACCAGUCAGAUGAACCAGCCCUGGUGCAGACUGCCAAAGAGGCCAGGUCCAAUUUAAUUGAACAGGUUGCUGAUUUAGAUGAUGAAUUUGCUGAACUGUUGCUAACAGACUUCAGUGACAAUUUUGAUGCAGUUCCCUCCAUUAAAAUUAAAGAAGCUUUGAGGCGAGUGACACUUGCUCGUAAAGGUGUUCCCAUCCUCUGUGGAAGCUCUUUGAAAAACAAAGGUGUACAGCCGCUCCUAGAUGCCAUCAUUGCUUACUUGCCUAACCCCAAUGAGCGCCACCAUGAUAUCAUACAAUGGUAUAAAGAUGACUUAUGUGCAUUGGCUUUUAAAGUUAUCCAUGACAAGCAGCGGGGUCCUUUGGUAUUUGUCAGAAUAUACUCUGGGACUCUGAAAGCACAGACAGCUGUUUACAACAUAAACAGGAACAACAUUGAGAGGAUGAGCAGACUCCUAGUACCAUUUGCUGAUCAAUAUGUAGAAAUCCCUUCAAUGACGGCAGGAAACAUUGGUUUGACUGUUGGCCUUAAGCAGACAAUCACAGGAGACACAAUUGCUUCAUCAAAGGCCUCAGCAGCUGCUGCUCUUCGUCGAGCUCAGAACAAAGCAGAGACCACAGGAGACCGUGUAAAAGUUAUUCUGACAGGAGUGGAGGUGCCUGAUCCUGUAUUUUUCUGCACAAUAGAGCCGCCUUCCAUGGCCAAACAGGCAGAUUUGGAGAAUGCGCUUUGUUGCCUCCAGAGAGAAGACCCUAGUCUAAAAGUCCGGGUUGACCCUGAUUCUGGUCAGACCAUUUUAUGUGGGAUGGGAGAGUUACACAUUGAGAUAAUCCAUGACAGAAUAAGAAGGGAGUAUGGCAUUGAAACUCACCUUGGCCCUUUACAAGUGGCUUACCGAGAGACAAUUGUCCAAAAGGCAAAAACCACAAAUACUCUGGACAGAACCAUAGGAGACCGAAGACAUUUUGUAACAGUGGAGCUCACUGUAGGACCAAUAGAUGAUAUCGGCACCUCUAGUAAAUUUCAAAUUAAAAAAGAAUUACACAAUCAGCUCACACCUGAUUUAAAAGGAGCAGUUGAAAAUGGAGUUCAUAGUUCAUAUCUUCAAGGUCCCCUUCUAGGUUAUCCAGUGCAAGGUGUGUACACUGAAAUUGAAAGCCUCAAUUUAGAGCCAGGAACUUCUCCUGCCAUGGUGUCAGCAUGUGUAUCUCGCUGCGUGCAGAAGGCCAUGAAAGCUGCAGGACCACAGGUGCUUGAGCCGGUCAUGUCACUAGAGGUCACAGUAGGAGAGGAUUACCUAAGCUCAGUGCUUGGAGACCUUGCCCAGCGAAGAGGAACGGUCCGUGACAUCCAAAGCCGUCAUAACAACAAAGUGCUUCUAGCAACAGUCCCUUUGGCUGAAAUGAUGGGCUACUCAACAAUUCUGCGCUCAUUAACAUCUGGAACUGCAACUUUUUCUCUUGAGCUGGACAGUUAUGAAGCCAUGAACCCACAAGAUCAGAACAUUUUACUGAAAAGAGUGGCUGGUCUGCUCUGAUUCCUACAAUAUAUAUGAUCAAGAAAUAAAUGUACAUUUUCUUA